AUGCAUCAUCAGGGUAGUGCAGCGCUGCGGAAUCUAGCGAGCGUCUUGGGCAAUCAGCGCCUGACAAGUGCCAUGGUCAAAGAAACGAGAAAGUCUCUUCAAAGCAUAUUAAAGUCCACCAACUCACCAUCUACAGUUCCUGUUUCUGUUGUAGACAAGUUGAAUGACGCUCGACAGGCGAUUCAAAAAGUGAUCGUGUCGUAUCGCCGUCCGGGGAUUCUUUUUAUCCUGAGGAAUAUCUCGGAUCUUCUUCAGGAACUAUCUCCGCAGCCCGAAUCAGAGUUUCCAGAUAUAUUUGCUGCAGUAUUUGAAGCGGAGAAGGCUGGGAAAAAUACCGGCAAAAUCACCGUAAAGAAUCUAGCCCUCAACGGUGAUGCGGAAGAUUUCAAAGCUACGAAAGCCUUUGCAUUUCCUGGUCAAUGCCAGAUGAUUUUCGAUAAAGCGAACCAGUCCUUUUUUACCAACAGCAUCGCCUCUAGGAAGGAGACGGACGGUAAAAUUGGGCCAUUGCCAACCACUUCCUAUAAGAUCGCGGCUUUCACGCCAGAGUUGAAGGCGAAACGUGAAGAUAUCAAAGAUAAGAUCAGCCAUAUUCACUUCACUCUUCAAUGGGAUCCGAAAUUGAUCCUCGAUGGCUUUACAACUCUAAUAAGGAUGGCUUUUGACCGGUCAGCUCUGGCCCAAUUUAUCCAAUUUGGAUACCAAGAAAACGAGUCCACAACCAAAGCAAAAGGUAUCACGGACUAUGUUAAUAAGGACUAUAUCAUCGAUCAGCUUACCAUGUGUGCAGACAAGCUAGAGUCCCUGGCAGAAGCUCUGGGGACAAACAGGGAUAAUACAAUUCACUUAGACGACCCCGGUGCUCUCGAAAACGUCAUUCCGGAGGAAGAGAGAAAGGAGAUCAGUAAAGCCCUAGACGACUACGUGGAUACAGUUCUCACCCGGAGUGAUGCGGUUAUUGAAUACAAUACAUCAAUACAACACCUCCUUGACUCUUCCCAGACUCUGAAUCAUUGCAAUGAUCAAAUCGAUAAACUCGGCCACCAGGCAAUUAAAAUCGACCCAGAACUUCCAUCGGUCAUCUUCUUGCUACGCAAGAUGCAGGAUUUACUUCGACUGCGGGCCGAGCUUGAGGCAUUAUUCAAUGGCACCCUGGAGUUCUACUCACGCAAUGUGCGAGUUAUUUGGCCCGCCAACCCGGAUAUUCUGGGGCUUGUCUAUGGACUGAGGGCUGAGCGGCGUCAGUUAAUGACACCGUCUAGCCCUGGUGAUUACACCGCUUUUGUAUCUGUUGAUCCGGAGAAGACUAGAGACGUCUUUCGGGACUGGAUCGAUAUCCGUCUUCAAGAGGUUCACGUGUGGCUUUUAGGGUUGAAAUCCCCAAGCCUGACCCUGCAGGGCGCAGAUUACUGUACAACUUUUCCCACGAUCCUCUUAAUGUGCAGUUUGCAAAUGAUACGGUUGAGGCUACCAGUAUCUAGGAGAUUCCGGGAAAAGCCGUCUUUACUCGUGCUGAUCGCGAGCAUGACUUUUGGUAUUGGCGGGAUACCCAAGGAGUCCAGCCGUGCUCUCCCCUCGGACCCUUCACCACAUGGAGACUGA